GACAGUUGCACAGUGUGUGACAGUAUAUAUCGGCAACAGCAAUCGUUCCGGGACUUGUCAGAUCUCCUCAGGAACAUUGCAGAAUCUGUAGGAGUCGACUGUGGGAAGAAAACCUCAAAAGAAGUCCACCUCAAGAUGCCGACCUUCAAUAUCGUUGUGUUUGCUGGUGACUAUGCCGGCCCGGAGGUGACCAAGGAAGCUGUCAAGGUCCUCAAAGUCAUAGAGAAGUGCUCAAAGGAUGUCAAAUUCAACUUUCAAGAGCACCUGCUCGGCGGCUGCUCCAUCGACGCCCACGGCACCCCCUUGACCGACGACGCCCUCAGCGCCGCCAAAUCCGCACACGCCGUCCUACUCGGCGCGAUCGGCGGCCCCAAAUACGGCGUCGGCAAGGUCCGUCCAGAACAAGGCCUCCUCAGACUGCGCAAGGAAAUGGGCACCUUCGGCAAUCUGCGCCCCUGUUUCUUCGCCUCGCCCUCGCUCGCGGCACGCUCCCCUCUCAAGGAAGAAGUCUGCCAAGGCACCGACUUCAUGAUCGUCCGCGAACUCACGGGCGGCAUCUACUUUGGCGACCGGGUCGAAGGCAACCCGGACGAUGCCGAGAACGAGUGGGCCGAGGACCGCGAACCAUACUCGCGCAAGGAAAUCGAGCGCAUCACCCGUCUCGCCGCGUAUCUCGCGCUGGCCAAGAACCCACCUUCGAAAGUCUGGAGUCUGGAUAAAGCCAACGUGCUCGCGACAAGCCGGUUGUGGCGAAAAGUCUUCACCGAGACGAUGCAGAAGGAAUUCCCGCAAUUGGAAUUCGAGCACCAACUCAUCGACUCGGCAGCCAUGAUUAUGGUAAAGAACCCACGUGCGCUGAACGGUGUGAUCGUCACGUCAAACCUGUUUGGCGAUAUCAUCUCGGAUGAAGCCUCCGUCAUCCCUGGCAGUUUAGGCUUGCUCCCAAGUGCGAGUUUGAGCGGUGUGCCCGACGGGAAAGGACCGUGUAAUGGUAUCUACGAGCCUAUUCACGGCUCGGCGCCAGACAUUGCUGGUCAGGGUAUCAUCAACCCUAUCGCAGCCAUCUUGAGUGUGGCGAUGCUCCUGCUGUAUAGCUUGAAUAUGCCCAAGGAGAGUGUCCUGGUUGAACAGGCAGUGAGGGUAGUCAUUGACAAGGGCAUCGUGACCAAGGAUAUCGGCGGAUCAAGCUCGACGGAGCAAGUGGGUGACGAGGUUGCUAAAGAGCUGGAGGCGCUGUUCACCCAGAAUUGAGUACGCAGGUGGAGUUGUAUGAUAUGCCAUGAUAUGAGGCCUGUACUCUUGAGUGGUACCGGAUAUAGCAAAAUGGGAAGUCUCGCGUGGCCCAAAUCAUGACGUGCCCUGAUGCAAACAGUCAAGAGACAGAUAGAUAUCUUAAAACAUACUAGUAAUCAUCACCGCCGUGAUGAGGUCAAAAUAUCAGAAUGUAUCGACA